UUUACGUUUUUAUUUCAGAAAAAAAAAAUUGACAAUACUCAUAGAAUGGCAAUACUAUUGUUUCUCAUCUUUCUUCUACCUCUCAUCUUCUUCCUCUCGAAACAUACCAACAAUGGCAAUCUUCCCCCGGGCCCUCCUGCCCUUCCCUUUAUCGGUCACUUACACUUGCAGAUGUUUAAUAGCUCACCUAAUCAUAUUUUCCUCUGGAAACUCUCUCGAAAAUACGGUCCUCUGAUGUACCUGCGACUCGGGCGUAAGCCGGCCGUCGUAGUUUCUUCGGCGAAAAUGGCUAAGCAAGUCUUGAAAACCCAUGACCUAAACUUCUGCAGCAGGCCCAAUCAACUCGGCACCGGCAAACUCUCUUACAACGCCUUGGACGUGGCGUUUUCACCGUAUAACGACUACUGGAGGGAGGUCAGGAAGCUUUGUGCUGUACAUCUGUUUAGCAGAGUUCAUCAGUACCUUCCCAUUCGAGAAGACGAAGUUGCUCGGCUGAUGGAAAACAUACGUCGGUCGUCGGCCGAUGCUACGCCCGUCAACCUGAGCGAGGCGAUGAUGCGCCUCUCGAUGACGAUCGUCUGUCGAGAGGGGUUCGGGAAGAGGUGUUGUGACGAAGGAGGAGGAGGAGGAGUUGAAAGGAGCAGGUUCCGUGGGUUGCUUAACGAGGGCCAAGCGUUGUUGGCGAGCUUCGGGUUUGCUGAUUAUUUCCCGUUGAUGGGUUGGGUCGAUCGGCUCACCGGAUACCUCGGUCGACUCGAGAAAACUUUCGAGGAACUCGAUGUUUUUUAUCAGGAACUCAUCGAUGAACAUCUCGAUCCGAAUAGAGUAAAGCCACAGCACCGAGACAUACUCGAUGUGUUGCUGCAAAUACGAGACGAUGGCGACUUCCCAUUCGAUCUGACCACCGAUCAUAUUAAAGCUAUUCUUAUGAAUGUGUUCAUCGCCGGAACGGACACAAAGGCGGCCCUGGUGAUAUGGGUCAUGACUUUCCUGAUGAAAAACCCAAACUGCAUGAAGAAAACCCAAUCAGAACUGAGGGAUUCGGUCGGGAAAAAGGGCUUCGUAGACGAAGACGACAUCCAAAGCUUAGUUUACCUAAAAGCAGUGAUAAAAGAAACGUUCAGAUUGCAGCCGGUUACCCCGUUGCUGCUGCCACGAGAAACGCUCCGAAAGUGCACCGUAGGCGGCGGCUACGAAGUGCCCGCAAAAACCUUAGUCUUCGUGAACGUGUGGGCGAUCGGAAGAGACCCAGAAGCUUGGGAGAACCCAGAAGAGUUUUGCCCCGAGAGAUUCAUCGGCAGCACCGUCGAUUACCGGGGACUGCACUUCGAGCUCUUACCGUUCGGUGCGGGUAGAAGAGUUUGUCCUGGAGUGGAGAUGGGAAUGGCAGCCGUGGAGCUUGCGCUUGCUAAUCUUCUUUACGGAUUUGAUUGGGAAAUGCCGACGGGAAUGAACGAGGAGGACUUGGAUUUUGAUGUACUACCGGGGCUCACUACGCAUAAGAAGAAUGAUCUUAUCCUUCUGGCUAGGAACGGUUGAUGCUUAAUCGAUGAUGUCUUGAAUUUUGUUACUGUCCCCCACUUCCCCUUAUUUUGUGUAACCUAUAAUUGAAA